UCGGAACUGUUCGGCUCUUUUCGGCAGUUUUCGGAUCGGUUCGGCCGCUUCGGGACGGGCGUCCCGCACACAUCGGCCCCUCCGCCCCCCCCCCCUAACUGCCUUUCCCAGGCUCCAUCUCCGGCUCUUUCCCCUGCCAGUCCUCGCGCCAGCCAUGCCAGGCCUGUGGGAUCGCUUCUCGUCGGCCUCCGCCUCGUCGGAGCAGCCUCAGCUCUCGCCGUCCCGCCGCUCGCCCGCCUGGGUCCCCGGGGUCCGGGAAGGGGGGCUCGGACACUCCUCCAGCCUGGAGACCUCAGACUGCGAAUCCCUGGACAGCAGCAGCGGCGGCGGCGGCAGCGGCGAGCUCGGAGCCGAGGACGAUGCCGAUGACUUGGAAGACCUCUCUCUGCCAGACUUUGACUUGCUGAACGACCCCGAGGACGAACUGCUGUGUGCCAACCUGAUGCAGCUUCUCCAGGGAAGCCUGAACCAGGCCAGGAUGGGCCCCAAGCGCCCAGCCCGCCUCCUGAUGCCCGCCCCGCUGGUGGCCCAGGUUGGCAAAGAGCUGCGGCGGCUGGCCUACAGCGAGCCCUGCGGCCUGCGCGGGGCCCUGCUGGACGUGUGCGUCGAGCAGGGCAAGGGGUGCCACAGCGUGGAGCAGAUCGCCGUGGACCCCAGCCUGGUGCCCACCUUCCAGCUGACCUUGGUGCUGCGGCUGGACUCCCGGCUCUGGCCCAAGAUCCAGGGCCUGUUCAGUGCCGGGCCCUCCUUCGCCCCGGGGUUCAGUCAGUCCUUGACGCUCAGCACCGGCUUCAGAGUCAUCAAGAAGAAGCUGUACAGCUCAGAGCAGCUGCUCAUCGAAGAGUGCUGAGGGCUCCGCGACCGUGACCCCCCUCCGAUGGCUGGCAGAGCCAGAACUGAUGGCGCGGGGAUGGGAGGGAAGCAAGAAUGGGCAGACUGACGCUGAUCCGGGCAGAGAAUCCUGGUCCCCUACUCUCCAGGGGCAGGGUGGCAGAAUCCCUCCAAGUCCAGCCAAGAGUACGGCGCCUUGGCAGGCAAGAGCCCUGUGAGAUCAGUAGCACAGCUUUCCUGCUCCUUAAUAUGACCGUGGUGGGAGAGGCAGAGCCAGGCAUGCAGCGGGUCUGCAGAAGCAAUUAAACCUGGCUCGUUUGCUAGUCUGAGUGUGUAUGAUGUAUAUGGAUGUGUACAGGUCAGCAGAGGUUGGGGGGAGAGGGGAUUGUGUCUUACACUUUUUUCUGUGUGUGGUUUCAAGUGGGUCUGGAGAAGGCCGUGUGUCGGAUUGAUCAAAGCUUCACUACUGACAUUCUUUGUUUUCUCUUUUUUUUAGGCAGCUAUUUUAUAGACUCUUAUGAAUGUAAGAGCAGGAAGGGUUGGGUGUUGGGAUCACUGUGAAACUUUGACACUUCAAGAAGCGGUGGUGGGAGGGGAAGGGGGAAGGAAGCUUGCAGCUAAUCCCUCAUCCAGCCACCCCCGGGGGGUACAACAGUGGAAGGGGCAGGACCCCGUUCCCCAGAAAAGUCGUGCCAUAACCAGGCUUCCCUCUAGUACCGUUUACGUGACUACACUUGAUGUUCAAGUAUUAAGACCUAUGCAAUAUUUUUUACUUUUCUAAUAAAUAAAACACUUUGUUUAAAAAC